UCUUGGCUCUCGGUCUUUUUUGGUCGUCGAGCGUUCCUCUUGAACGGGGCUUGCUGUGUGUUCCACGUACGUUCCACAAUCGGCGCUUGAAGGGGAACCGCGAUGUCCUGCCCUUCGAGCGAGAAGGGGCCCUCGUCACCGCGAAGGAACAAAUGGGAGACCCCACUCCUUACUUCAAAGCGAGCAUCGACUACUCAGGGAAACAAUCGUCUUCCUUGUUCCGUUUCGAAACAUACAGUAGACCAAACACAUUCUUCCAACCAAUCGACCCAAGUGAGGCCGGACCUUCGGCCAAUGUGUCUGUGGGUGGGUGUCGACGAUCGAGUGACUGACUACUCUUUGACUGCUCUUGCGAGUUGAAUGUCGAGGAUCUCCCUCUCAAAAGAUAGAUAGAUAGAGAACGAAAGAGACCGAUCGGGUGUCCAGUCGCAGUCGCUCGUGUUGGCCGACUGAUCAAGGCACAGGUUGUGAAAUGCCAGCGACAUUGCUGAUCGAGCUUUAGAAAACGGUUUCGGAACUUUGAGAGAAGAAGACUCAUUUCGCUCCUUCUUUCCGUUUGUCUGGCGAAUCCAGAAAAUAAGGAGUUGAGAGAAACGGAAGGAGGUUGUUCAGGAGUUUCUGUUUUCAUGGCUGAGUGCUUCGCUUUGGUGGUUCGUGGUGCGAAAUGAGGGAAAGUGAUCGCCAGCGGGAAUGGCCAUGGGGCCAGCUGUUCUCAUCAUUAUCUUCAUCAUGAAAGAUUCCGGGCCGUGAUUUGAGGCAUCGAGAUUAUAGUGGCUUGGCCUUCCUAGGCCUCACAGGACCUUUGACCACCCCCAGAGAUCUUCAUCCCCAACGAGGUUUACUCUCAAGAAUAAUCUCGCGCUCACCAUCCGUACAAUCUCAUUCAUGUUUGGACCCCUGUGUCGUGACAAUUGGAUAGUUAGCCGUUCAUCAUGUCUAUGCUUUCAACUGUUCGGACCAUCGAUCUCAAGCAUUUCGAGAAUGUCAAGAGUGCGUUCGAACACAUCAGCCUGUACGUGGGUCUGGUGGUUUACACUGCAGCUGGAGCAAAGAUAUUCCAAGCCCUGGAACACCCUUUGGAAGUGCAAACACUGGAAGAGAUCCAGAGCUUAGUGCUGUUAGAACGAGAAAACUUUGUACGAUUUAUAUUCAAUGGGAGUUGGAAUUCUGUGACACAUCGUGAUCGAAUUGACCAGAGAUUGCUCGAUUACGAGCAAACUGUGGCUGUGGCUGCCAACGAAGGCAUUGAUAUGUCGCUCAAGGAGCCUGUGUACCAAUGGAGCUACAUCCAAGCUGUUUUCUUUUCAUCAACCAUUCUUACAACAAUAGGUUACGGCAAUAUUGCCCCUGUGUCCACUGCCGGUCGUGUCUUCUGCAUUCUCUUUGCCAUCGUUGGCAUUCCAUUCACACUGUCCGUGAUCGCGGAUGUGGGUCAAAUUUUUGCCACCUUGGUCUCCGCCGUGUGGAAGAAGUACAAGCACAUUCUCAAGCCCUUGGGCAAACGGCUCAAGUUAAUGGCCUCCAAGACAGAUGACGAGGAUGGCGAUGAAGGUGGGAGUGGAGGGGUGGGCCUUCAGUCCAAUAUAAUCACGGCCGUUCUAGCACUCCUCUUCCUGGCCUUAUUCCUCAGCAUCGGGAGCAUGAUCUUCACCAUUUGGGAGGAUUGGACGUUCUUCGAGGCGUUCUAUUUCUGCUUUAUCACAAUGACCACUAUUGGUUUUGGGGAUAUUGUUCCAAAUAUUGUUGGACAAGAGAAGACUGCGUACAUGUUGGUGUGCAUGAUCUACAUCCUCGUUGGCUUGGCCUUCACCUCUACAAUCAUUGAGUUGGUCCGCCGUCAAUAUGCGGAAUCGUGGCGGAAAAUGCAAGAAAUCCGAGCGCAAAUCCAGGCUCAGCUCAAACUGGCCGCCACUCUCCGACAGAUGGCGCAAAAUAACAUUGAAGUGGAGGGCAUGGAUAUUGCGGGCGAUUUGGCCACUCUCAAGGCCAAUAUUGCCAAGUACAAAGGCAGAUUUGGCAAAGGCCUGGGCGAUUUCGAGAUCAAUGAUUUGGAUUGGAUUGAUAGCGGGAAAAAGGUGAAGGCGGUCACCAUCUUCAUCUACGAGUCUUCCGUCUGAAAUUUGGCAUUUCGAGCCCCUUUUCCAACUGAUUACUAUUCUUUAGGCUAGACUACCCUCGUCCAUGUUUGAUGCUACAGACAGUCAAAGCACGUUUUGAUUACGUUGAGUGCAAUAAAUAUAAAUCGUCUACGUGUAUGCGUGAAACCUUCAA